AUGAAAAUCCCAGGUAUUACGACAAAGCGAAUGACAAGCAUAUUUUCAAAACAGUCUAAAUUACAACAUCGUGCUGAUGCCUUUUCGUUGAAAAUGAUGGUCAAUGAGACGAACACGGUUAAUCGAGUGGGGAUCAUUACAGGUAAGAAGCAGAUUGGUAAAUCUGCCGUGAUCCGAAACAGAGCGGAUCGUCGUCUCAAGGCAGCGAUUCAAACCGUUUAUCCUCGACUCAAAGUCAAAGAGGAAGGAUAUGAUUAUUUGGUGUUUUCUCAACCACCUGUCAUCACUAUGCCUUGGUCUACACUGGUAGAGCAAGUUCAGACAUCGUUUUUUGGCCUCCAAAACAAGGUGUUGCGUAAGAAAUCACCAGAUCAUUAA